AUGGAGAAAGGCAGACCUCCUCGUUCACGUUUCCCGCUACUUCUCCUCGUCCUGCUUUCUACCAAUGCUUCAGACUCUGCAGAACCGCAGUAUAUGGUGCUGGUCCCCUCCCUGCUCCACACCGAGACUCCUGAGAAGGGUUGCGUCCUUCUGAGCUACCUGAAUGAGACAGUGACUGUAAGUGCUUCCUUGGAGUCCCUCAGGGGAAACCAGAGCCUCUUCACUGACCUGGUGGUGCAGAAGGAUUUAUUCCACUGUGUCUCCUUCACUCUCCCAAGGAGCUCAUCCUUGUCAGAGAUGGCAUUUCUCAGUGUCCAGAUAAAGGGACCAACACAAGACUUCAGGAAGAGGAACACAGUGCUGGUAAAGAAUGCUCAAAGUCUGGUCUUUGUCCAGACAGACAAACCCAUCUAUAAACCAGGACAGACAGUAAAAUUCCGUAUUGUCUCUGUGGAUGAAAACUUUCACCCCUUAAAUGAACUGAUUCCACUGGUAUACCUUGAGGACCCAAAAGGAAACCGUGUUGGACAAUGGCAAGGUGUCAAGUUGGAGAGUGGCCUCCAACAGCUGGCCUUUCCCCUCUCGUCCGAGCCCAUUCAGGGCUCUUACAAGGUGGUGGCACAGAAGGAAUCAGGCAAAAGGAUAGAGCACUCCUUCACUGUAGAGGAAUUUGUGCUUCCCAAGUUUGAGGUCAAAGUUCAGGUGCCAAAGAUAAUCAGUAUCCUGGAUGAAAAAGUGAACAUAACAGUAUGUGGGAUAUACACCUAUGGGAAACCUGUCCCAGGACUUGCAACUGUGAGCCUGUGCAGAAAAUUACUUCAUCAUUCCAAUUGUCAAAAGAACGAGUUCUGUGAGAAAUUCAGUCAAGAGCUCGACAGCAAUGGCUGCAUCACCCAACAAGUAAACACAAAUGUACUCCAGAUUAAAAAUAUGGGUUUUGAAAUGAAACUUAAAGUGGAAGCCAAGAUCAGAGAAGAGGGAACAGACAUAGUACUUACUGGAAACGGGACCAGUGAAAUCACAAAUACUGUAACCAGACUCAAGUUCGUGAAAGUGGAUUCACACUUUAGACGAGGAAUCCCCUUCUUUGGACAGGUGCUUCUGGUGGAUGGGAAAGGUGUACCCAUCCCCAAUAAACUUAUCUUUAUCUCUGCAAGUGAAGCCAAUUAUCUUUACAAUGCAACUACCAAUGAACAGGGUCUUGUACAGUUUUCCAUCAAUACCACUAACGUCUUGGCCAACAAAAUUUCUGUUGUGGCCUUCCACGAGCAAACUAGCUUUUGUUUUAACUAUGUAUGGUUAAGAGAAGAACACCAGGGUGCUCAGCACCUUGCGAGGCACGCUUUCUCCUUCAGCGGGAAUUAUGUUCACCUGGAGCCUGUGGCCGGUACCCUGCCCUGUGGCCAAACUCAGAUUAUCAAGGCAUACUAUACACUCAAUGGGCAGGCCCUUGGGGAACCAAAAGAGCUCAUUUUCUAUUACCUGUUCAUGGCUAAGGGAAACAUCAUCAGAUCAGGAACGCAUGCUGUGCCUAUAGAGCCGGGAGACAGGACAGGCAGCUUUUCCUUAUCCUUCCCUGUGGAGUCGGACGUUGCUCCCAUCGUCCGAUUGUUCAUCUUUACUAUUUUACCGGACGGAGAAGCUAUUGGAGAUUCCGAGAGUUUUGAGGUCGAAAACUGUCUAGCCAACAAGGUGGACUUGAGCUUCCGUCCAGCACAGAGUCUCCCGGCCUCACAUGUGCACCUGCGAGUCUCAGCUUCUCCUCAGUCCCUCUGCGCCCUCCGUGCCGUGGACCAAAGCGUGCCGCUGGCGAGGCCCGAAGCUGAGCUGUCCCCGGCCUCGGUAUAUAAUCUGCUAACGAUGAAGGAUCUUACUGGUUUCCCUGACAAACUGGACCAGCAGGAAGAAGAACAUGCAAGUUGUAGCAAUCCUUAUAUCAUUCUUGAAGGAGCCAUCUACAUUCCCCUAGCAAGUUAUGAUGAAGAAGAUAUGUAUGACUUCCUAAAGGUAAAAUCCUUAUUACCUGUUAAUGUACCGGCUUAUGAACAUUUUUAUGUUAUGGGAAUGGCAGCGAGUCCAUACAGUCCUCAAUUUGACGCAUAUAAUAUAAUGCCCAUAAACAAUCCAGAGCCAGUCUCUGAAACCGUACGGACUUAUUUCCCUGAGACCUGGAUCUGGGAGUUGGUGGCCGUGGACGCAUCAGGUGUGGCUGAAGUGGGAGUAAUAGUCCCUGACACCAUCACGGAAUGGAAGGCAGGGGCCCUCUGUCUGUCCAAUGACACUGGGCUUGGUCUCUCGCUUCCCGCCUCCCUCCGCGCCUUCCAGCCCUUCUUUGUGGAGCUCACAAUGCCCUACUCUGUGAUCCGCGGAGAGACCUUCACGCUCAAGGCCACUGUCCUAAACUACCUUCCCAAAUGCAUCCGGGUCAGUGUGCAACUGCAAGCUUCCCCAGCCUUCCUACAAUCCCAGAAUGAAAAGGGAGAGGAAUCUCAUUGCAUCUGUGUAAAUGAGAGGCGAACCCUGUCUUGGGCGAUAACUCCCAAAACACUGGGGAGUGUGAACUUCUCGGUGAGUGCAGAGGCAGUGCCGUCCCUCGAGCUGUGUGGAAAUGAGAUUGCUGAGGUCCCUGAGAUGGGGAGAAAAGACACGGUCAUCAAAACCCUGUUGGUGGAGCCUGAAGGUAUUGAGCAAGAAGAGACUUUCAACUUUAUGAUCUGUGCUUCAGGCACUGAAAUAUCUGAGCAGUUAUCUCUGAAGCUCCCACCUAACGUGGUCAAAGAAUCAGCCAGAGCCUCCUUUUCAGUUUUGGGUGACAUAUUAGGUUCUGCUAUGCAAAAUAUACAGAAUCUCCUCCAGAUGCCCUAUGGCUGUGGAGAACAAAACAUGGCCCUAUUUGCUCCGAACAUCUAUGUUUUGAACUAUCUGAAUGAAACCCAACAGUUGACUGCAGAGAUCAAGUCCAAGGCCCUCAGCUAUCUUAUCAGUGGUUACCAGAGACAGCUGAACUACAAACACCAAGAUGGUUCCUACAGCCCCUUUGGACAGCAAUAUGGCAGGAGCCAGGGCAACACUUGGCUCACAGCCUUUGUACUGAAGACUUUUUCCCAGGCUCGAACCUCCAUCUUUAUCGAUGAAGCACACAUCACCCAAGCCCUCAGCUGGCUCUCCCAAAGGCAGAAGGAAGACGGCUGUUUCAGGAGCUCUGGGUCUCUGCUCAACAAUGCCAUUAAGGGAGGAGUAGAAGAUGAAGUGACCCUCUCUGCCUAUGUCACUAUUGCUCUUCUGGAAAUUCCUCUCCCUGCUACUCACCCGGUUGUUCGCAAUGCCCUCUUCUGCCUGGAGUCUGCCUGGAACACGGCAAAGGAGGGGACCCAUGGGAGCCAUAGCUACACCAAGGCGUUGUUGGCCUACGCUUUUGCCCUGGUGGGAAAGCAAGACAAGAAGAGAGAAAUACUGGACUCUCUUAGGGAGGAAGCUGUGAAAGAAGGCAACUCAGUCCACUGGGAGCGACCUGAGAAACCCAGGGCACCAGUGGGGCCUCUUUAUCAGCCCCAGGCUCCCUCAGCUGAGGUGGAGAUGACGUCCUACGUGCUCCUCGCUCACCUCACGGCCCAGCCUAGCCCGACCUCCGAGGACCUGACUUCGGCCGCGGGCAUCGUGAGCUGGAUCCUAAAGCAACAGAAUGCCCACGGGGGCUUCUCCUCCACCCAGGUCUGUGGUUCCCAAAUAGUCUUCUCUUCCAGAUUCACUUGGCAGAUGGGAAGCUUGAAAACAGAACAGUUACGAGGAAAAGAGAAGAGACCAUUAAAUCAUGGGGAGGGUUCUUUAGGGAUAUUUGAGGACAGUGGGAAUCUGAAGGAAACAGACCUGAGACAUUCCCCCAAAACGCUUUUCCCAAGCGCUCCAGGCAAACAGAGAAACUGAUGGUGCAUUGCCCUUCCACAGGCAUCCAUGAAAUACAAUAUUCUUCCAGAGAAGGAGGACUCCGCAUUUACUCUGAAGGUGCAGACUGUACCCCAAACUUGUGAUGGACCCAAAGCUCACACCAGCUUCCAGAUCUCACUGAGUGUCAGUUACACAGGGAGCCGUCCUGUCUCCAAUAUGGUGAUUGUUGAUGUGAAGAUGGUAUCUGGUUUUAUCCCCUUGAAACCAACAAUAAAAAUGCUCGAAAGAUCUAGUCAUGUGAGCAGGACGGAAGUCAGCAAUAAUCAUGUCCUCAUUUAUGUGGAACAGGUAACAAAUCAGACACUCAGCUUUUCCUUCACGGUUCUUCAAGAUAUCCCAGUAAGGGACCUCAAGCCAGCGAUUGUAAAAGUCUAUGAUUACUAUGAGCCAGAUGAGUCUGCCACUGCUGAGUACAUCGCCCCCUGCAGCACAGAUGCAGAGCAUGGCAAUGUUUGA